AUGUUUACCUUGCCUUCGGGCUCAAAGGUUCCUGAAGGAUUCAACGACGAGUAUCCCAUAGUGCUCGAAGGCACAUCAGUGUAUGAUUUUAGGCAACUCCUGCGGGCCAUGUUCUGCCGGCCGGAUAUUCCAGGCAUACUUUCGUGUGCACCGCCACCUACCACCUUCCGAGAGUGGACCUCCGUCCUCAGACUCACACACCGCUGGGAGAUGUCCGCCCUACACCUGCACGCGCGCAAGAGCAUCGCGAAGCUCGACGGCGUGGACGCGGUCAACAGGCUCUCCCUCGCGCUCACGUACGACAUCGAGGACUGGAUCCACCCGGCCCUCGCGGACAUCAUCCGGCGGGAGGAGCCGCUCGCGCGGCGGCACGUCGACGUGCUCGGUGUGGACAUGGUGCUCAAGCUCGCGCGGGCGCGCGAGCAUGUGGCGGGGUACUUUGGGAGCUGCGCCAAGGCUCCGCCGAAUCACCACUUCUUUCGGCUUGUGUCGGAGGUGUUUCCGGAGUAUUUCUUCGAAAGCACACGGCAGAAGAUUAUCGAUCAUGCUAUAGUGUAACUUCUGGAUUGUGGUUUGUUUCUGUGAAAGGUCGGCGAAUGCGCCGCGGUGUGCC